AUGGCGACAGAAAACAACGCCAACGAGAACAAUAUCAUUCCAAAACAGACAAAUCGAAAAAUUUACUUCUAUAUUUUACGCAAUACAACUCCAGAUGAAAAAUUCAAGGUCAAAGCUUAUUUUAAUAAUGAUGUUAAACAUACGUUUCACCGUGCUCCAGGAUUCGAUGAACAAAAACAAAAUAGUCCCUAUAUUUAUUUACUUGAAUUGGAUGUAAUCAUCGAUGAUCAAGAACGUUUAUAUAUUGUGGAUCAAAAUGAACAAUUACAAGUUCAAAGUUUUCGAUUACGUCUUUCACGUAAAAUACCUCAAACGGACAAAACAUUUCGGGAUUACAACGAUGACAAAGAUCGAUUUAUUGAUAACCCGCGUCAUAAUAAACAUUAUUUUCUAUUCGAUGUUAACUUUGCUAAAAAUCUACUUGAUAGUCCACCGGGAGAAAAUGUUUCUUUUUGGAGCCAGUUGUGUUUGUAUACAUAUUACAUACUUCGCCAUCAAAUGUAUGAUCAUUUUAAUUCACUUAUCGACCAAUUUCAAUCAGCUGUUCGAGAAACAAAUCGUAAAUUAAUACGCGAAGAAUUUAAUGAUUUCUUUCAAACUUGUCUCACUCAUUUGUCUUACGCAAUGCCUCCAGCAACAAAUCCUGAUAUCGGCGAAAAGAUUAUAAUUCGUAUGAUAGGACUUUUACCAGUGAAGAAAACAAAUUUUGACUUAACUAGUCAUUCUACCACGCAGUUUGCGUUCGCAUUAAUUGAUGAUAUUAAAGAACAUUAUGAUGACCUAUUUGCAACAAUUACAACAGGAGAUUGGCCGUUAUUUCGUGAUGGUCUAACUUUAUGCCUUGCACUUGAAUUACUGUCUAAGUCAAAAGAUACAAUACUAUUAGUUCAUCAAAUGAAAAAUGAAGCGUGCAAAAAAGACCUCGCUAAUGCAUUAUUGUUAAGACUUGAAUAUUUGGAGAGGCCAGUUUUAGGUUUAAAUUGGAUCAGUCUUUUCACGAUAGUCGAUCCAAAUAUUUUUUCAGUAAAACAACUUGAAUUAACAGGAUCAAUAGCGACAUAUAUAACCUCUCUAGUACAAAUAGUCGGAAUGAAUAUCGACAAAAUGGAAGUAGCUGAUGAAACAAUUCGUCAUUUCGACAAACUUAUAUUCGAAGAUUGUUUACCAGUUAAUCUUGAGAGUAUUACAUUUCUACUGAAAUUCUUACAAAUGGAAUCGAAGGAAACAAAUGAAUCAUCGAAAAAUGUUUUAAAAAUGGUUAAUAAAGUUAUUGAAUCAAGUAUAGAAUUACGGAGAAAAAUACAAACAUACUUAUAUGCACUCAAAAUAACUAUGGAGCACUUUAGAGAUAUUCGUUUUAUUCUUUCAUUUAAACCACAAUCAAUUCUAUUAUUUCUAGUUGAUAGAAAAGAUUUACUAAUUCAUUUGAUGAAUCAUGCCAAUGCAUCAUAUUCUUACGAAUAUUUUAAACAAUGGUUUUGCUCAUUUUUAUUAUUUAAUGAAGAUUUAAAUGAUUGGAAUAAACAAACUUAUCAAGAAUUAAUUAGACAUUGGUCACAUCAACUUUGCAAAUAUUAUGACAUCAUGAUUAAAAUAAUGACGAAUAUUGAUGUGUUAAGUAAUGCUUUUGAAAAUCAACACUAUCAAGCGAUGUUUAUUGAUUAUAUGAUUAGUGUUUGUUUUCAACAAGUAUCGAUUUACCGCAUUAUAUACGAGGCGUUAAUAAACCUUAGAAAUCCAUUGUUUCUCGAUAGAUUUAAAAGUGAAUUUGCAUCAAAGUAUUUAAAUAUACCACAAGAUCGAUUAAAACAAUUAUCCAGUCGUGAAAAUCCACUAUAUCAUUUAAUUGCUAUGGACAAACAAUGUCAUAGUCAAAGUCAACUAGUGAAUAGUCUAAUUCAAUUGGCAGCAAAUAAAAUUCAAAUCACUAUUGAUGAAAUUUUGCGUGAUACAUUCGAACGACCAGUUCGUACGUCUUGUAUUUAUGCCGUUCUAUUUGAAGAUUGCUUUAAAAAUUUAACACUACGUCAAAUAGUCAUCGAUCAAUUACUUGCCUUGUGGAAUGCGUGGGAAGAAGAAGGUUUUCGUGCAAAUCAAUUGCUUGCUUGGAAAAAGUUUUCUCAGGAAGAACGUCUAAUUGUUCAACGUAUUUGGAAUUUUAUUGGUGAAAAAGCCGAAAAGCAAUCUCGAAUAGAUGAAUUAAUUGAUAAACAUCGACGUGACAUGGAGCAAAAAAUUCAAAUAAAAGAAAAAAUAACAAAAUGUUUAGAGAUCUACUGUCGAAAUGCUUGUGAUAAACAAUUGUAUCUUGAUGUUCUAUCGGAAAUGGAAACAAAAUUAAAAUCCGACAUAGUUCGUUCUAUAAUGAUACCGGAUGAAAUUAAACUGUUAAUGCCACUCGUUGAUCGGUUUGCUGCAUUAGAAAAAUUAAAUGCAUGGAGAACAUUCUUAGAAGAAAAUCGAAAGGAUAGUGACAAUAAUUCGUCUGAAACAACAGAUCCGAAUCCAUCGGAUAUCAUCGAUGAUGAAUCAUUAUUAUCUGAUAAUAAGCGCACAUCAUCAAAUUCCUAUUAUAGUAUGGUACGCCCUGCAGCAAGAGAUGAUUCCGAAGAAACUACUCCAUUGGAUCAACGUUCUUGCAUUGAAAUAUUAAAUGAAUCUGAUAAAAUUCUCGAUAAGUUUCUUACUCGUUUAAAAACGAUUUGUUCUCAGUGGAAACAUUUACCAAUAUCUGAAAUAAUUGUUUUAUUUCCUGAUAUUCAAUAUGUCGAUCAUGAUUUUCAAAUCCUUAGAUCAUUACUACAUUCUGAUGAGAUGGAAAAAAUUAAAUUAAUAUUAGAUUAUUGGAAAGAUCGCGACUAUAUUAAUCACGUAUGUUAUGGUUAUAUUAAUCUAGUCACUCAUGUAGAAAACUCCUUAAACAUCGAUGGCAAACACUUUAGAAAACUUAUGGAAAUUAAUUCUCAAUCAGAUGGCUCUCACUGUCACCGGCUUUAUCAACAUUUUUCAUCGCAUCUUCUUAAAACUCACUCGAAAGACUUUAUCGAUUUUAUUGCUCAAUACAGUCAAUCGAAUGAAUUAAUUUCAUUUUUAAAUCUUCUCCCAUCGACUGAUGUUGAUAAUUUACUGCAAGCUGUCAACGAUUGGGAUGAAACAUUAAUAAAUACUAAAACAGUUUUAGAUUUCGUUAUGCUGAAACGAUUUUUCGUUCGAUUCAAUAUAGAACUAGAUUCAAUGAAAGACAAUUCAUCACAAUUUACUACUGCAAAAAUUGAAAAAGCCUUCGAAACAAACUAUAAAGAUGAACAAUUUAAAAAUAUGCUUUCAUGUUUUCAAACAUGUUCAGCAUCAUUAACAAGUAUUAAGCGUAUACAUUUGGAAUUAACCGACAAGGAACUGUCGAAACGAAAACGUAUAUCCGAUCUAAUGCGAAAUACAAAAUUUGGUUUCAUUGAAAAAUCAAAUAAAUUCAAUAUUGAUAUCGAUCCUCACGCAAUGAGUUUUAAUGAUUUAAGUGAAUUACGUGAUCGAGCAAGAUUAAUUGAAUAUUCAACAAAUAACAAUAAUAAAUUUUCCAUUGGUUCAGAACACGAUAUAAAAGAACUUCAUUCGUUUGUUAUAUUCGUUGAAAUUGUUGAAAAAGUCUUGAAAAAUUUCUCAUUAUUACAUACGGCCGGUCAUCCAUCAACCAUGAAUUAUCUUUCACCAAAGAAAUCAUUUACAUGCAUUGAUAGUAACUAUCAAGAAUUAAUUGAUUUCAGUGUAAUGCUUGACAAUCUUCUUUAUGAUUGGGAAAUAUAUUUAUGUAAAAUGUAUGGAAAACAUAUUGACUUAACUUAUUUUUCCUAUCGACAAAUUUGGGUCGUAGAAGAUUAUUUAUACAAUCAACUACAAGAAUUAAAUGCAAGUCAUUCUGGUUAUCACCUAUUAAAAUAUAUUGGUAUACAACCGGAAACGAUUCAUUUUGACUGUUUACCAUUAAAGGCCGACAAUCCAAAUGAACGUUUAGAAAACAUCGGAAAAAUUUUAACAGCACAACGAUCAACAACGAAUUCAGUUUAUAAACAAGAAAAUCGUCUUAUUAAAAAAGUUUACUUAGUUGAAACGUCUGACGAAGGUAUAUUACGAGGAAUACUUUCAUUGUUCAAGACACUUGAUACGCCCAUUGCUGUUAAUCUCUUGUUCUAUUGUACAGAAGAAACAAGUUGGACAGAGAUUCGUGCAUUUAUUUAUCGUUGUUUCUAUUCUCAAAUAUUUCAUCAAUUGAUUCGACCUGAAUUAUUAUCAACAUUUAUUCACGAUAGCUUUACACGUUUAGUAAGACAACUGGUUGACGAUCAUCCACAACAUUAUUUUCGUCUAGGAAUAAUAACAACAGUAUCCAAUGCUCAUUUACAAUUGAUAAACGGUUUAAGAACACUUCAACUUGUUCAAACUAUUCAUGAUCAAGAUAUGUUAAAUAGAAAUGAUUUGCAACAAAUUAUCAAUGAAUUUAUUGAUGAAAAUUCUACUUUAGUUACAUCAAGAAUCAACGGUUUAGGCAAAUCGUAUUUCAUAAAGAAAGAAAUUGAUAGAAAGAAAAAAAACUAUAUGAAAUUUCCUAUUAGUGGCGAUAUUGAUGUCGACACGAUCGCUGAACGUUUACGUGAUUAUGGAUAUCCAUUGGCGUCAUCCAAUGCAGCUUUACAUAUUGAUAUCGGAGCCGUUAACAAUACGAAACAACUCAAUGAACUUCUCUAUUGUCUUUUACUUUUUAGAAGUUUUCGUCUGGGACGUGUUGCUGUUUAUGUUCCUCAGAAUGUGCCAAUUUACAUCGAACUUGAUUCAUCGCCUCAUUCCGAUCAUUUACAAGAUAAAAUUGUUCUAUUUAAAUUUAUGAAUUCUAAACAUAUUGAUAAUAUAGAUUGGAAUGAUUUUGAAAUCAACGAUCAAAAAGUGAUUCAAUUAGUUUGUAAUUAUCUUCAAGCCAUAAAAGAUAAAACAAUUCUGAAAAAGAACAUCGGUGACGAUAGCUUAGAUAGUUUUCUUCCAGCGACUUGUAUGAAUUUAUUAAACGAAUCAUUCUUUCAAUAUAGAGAUCCUACAUAUAUUAAUUGGACACAACUAUCGAUCUGUAUAUCGGUUUAUCAUAGUUUAUUUUCUGGUUUUUCGCGCUGUGGCUAUUUCCUUAUUGAUCAUGUAGAAAAUCCACAAUUGCGUUUAGAUAUUCUACGAACUUUACUUCAAUCAUCAAAUCAAUUUACGUCAUUAUGCGUUGAAGAUGUACGAAAAAGUCAACGUUCUGCAAGUAGUAACGAAACAGCUAUUUCAUUUAGUGACGCUAUUAUUCGUUGGGAUAGAACUCAACCAUUUUCAGUCGUGUUUUCUUCAGGCGGAGACCCAAUAUUUGUUUAUAAAAGACCAAAUGAUGUUCCAACAUCACUUGUUCAAGCAUUUCAAUUACAUUAUGAAAUAAUCACAGGAAAUAAGAAUCAACAAUUGAAUACUUGCUUUCCUGAUUAUAGUCAAUUUACGCAUGAAACGCUUUUUUUAAAGCUUGCUACAUUAUCAAAAAAAUAUUUUAAUAAAUCGAUAUGUCUUAAAUGUUAUAGACAAUAUGAUUAUAGUCAAACACAAUGUGUUCGGUGUGAAUCCAAUGAAAUGUUAAUACGACCGAUUUCAUCGAAAUCGGAAGAUAUUGAAAAGUUUCAAAAAUUUAUCGCCGAAAAACUUCAAAUGGAAUAUGUUUUAACGCCAGAUAAUUAUAUUAAAAUGCUAUUGAUUUAUUUACGUGUGCAAAGUGGCCUUCCGGUACUGAUUAUGGGCGAAACAGGCUGUGGAAAAACUGCAUUAAUACAGUUUUUAUGUCAAAAAGUUCUCGACGAUGAAAUGGAAGUAUUUCGUAUUCAUGCUGGUGUUACCAAUGAACAAAUCAUAGAAAAAAUUUAUGAAUUUUCUAAACGAGCAAAUGAAUGUCUUCUCUACGAUAAACGUUUAUGGAUUUUUCUCGAUGAAUUUAAUACAACACCAAAUAUUGGUUUAAUUAAAGAAAUAACUUGUGAACGCACACUUCUCGGCGAACCGUUGCCUGAUAAUAUGGUUAUAUUAGGUGCUUGUAAUCCUCAACGACGUAGAAAAGCUAACAAAGUUAUUGAUAAUCACAUUGGCAUUAAGAAAGAUCUUUAUGAAAUGCAACGUUUGAAAGACGGUUCCGGCAUAUCACUAUUAUAUACAGUUGUGCCAAUACCUGAAACUAUGCUUGAAUAUGUCUGGGAUUAUGGUUAUCUCGAUGAUGCUAUAGAACAGAAAUAUAUUCGAACAAUGUUACAUACAUGUGAAAAACUUACUGAUUAUACAGAAUGGUAUAAUCUUGUUGUAGUAAUGAUUUCACAAUCACAAAAGUUCUUUCGUGAUCUUGAAGAUGUUAGUAGUGUGUCAUUACGUGAUGUAGCACGGUUUUGUCGUCUUUAUAAUUGGUUUUAUAAAUCAAUUGUUGAACGUGAAGGCACAGAAAAAUUUCUUAACAAUUCAGAUAUUCUUAUUCGUCGUUCAAGUUUAGUUGCUCUGCUACUUUGCUAUCAUUUUCGUCUUAGUUCGCCCAUUGAUCGAGAAAAUUAUUCAAAUAAAAUGGGCGCUUAUCUUAAACCUCACCUGCCCAAUCUAAAAAAUAUUCCGAAUAUUUUGGCGAAAAUUCUUGAAAUGGAACAAACAAAAUUAAUCGAACGAAUGAAAUUACCUGCAGGUACAGCUAGAAAUCAUGCAUUGAUGGACAAUAUAUUUGUUCUACUUGUUUGCAUUGUUAAUCGUAUUCCUGUCAUCAUAUGUGGUAAACCAGGUUGCAGUAAAACAUCAGCUGUACAAAUUGUGAUUAGUAAUUUAAAAGGAAAGAAAUCGUCUGAUGAAUAUUUUCAAAAACUACCUGAAUUAAUUACUGUUUCAUAUCAAGGUUCACAAAAUUGCACAUCGGAAAGUAUUAUUAAAGUAUUUCAACGUGCUGAUAAAUAUUUUGAUGCUAAAAGCGACGCAAAUAUUUUACCGGUAAUUGUUUUCGAUGAAAUAGGCUUAGCAGAAUUAUCCACGCACAAUCCAUUGAAAGUAUUGCAUAGCAAACUUGAAGUUGAAACAUGUCAAUAUGGUUUUGUUGGCCUAUCGAAUUGGCGUCUUGAUGCGUCGAAAAUGAAUCGUACUCUUUAUUUAUCGUGUCCAGAUCCUGACAUUGCUGAUUUGAAAUUAACAGCUGAAAUCAUAUCGAAGUCUAUCCUACCAUCCGUCGGUCAAAUAGCUCGAAUCGAUCCAAAAAUAAUUGAAGCACUAGCAGUUUCCUACUAUAAACUGUAUGAACACUUAAAAAGUCAACAAGAACAACAAAAAUAUACGAAUUAUUUUGGUCUAAGAGAUUUUUAUUCGCUCAUAAAAGGCGUUGUUAAUGAUUUAAUUCAAACGCAAAAUGAUCAUGAACAAUAUCAAUAUAUUCGUCAACAAUUAAUUAUCAAUUUCGAUGGUAUUCUCGAUGGUUCACAGUUUAUGUGGAAUUGUUUUUGUGAAUACAUUCAAAGUACACAUUUGAUUGAACAAUACAAAGCUCCGACAUUUAAAGAAUUACUUGAUCUAAGAUUAACGUCACGUCAUGGACGUUAUCUAAUGUUAAUUGCUGAUAAUGAAAGUGUAAUUGAUUAUGUUGAAAGAUAUAUUAUUGUUAAACAUCAACCACCAUCCGUACGAACAUUAAUCGGUAGUUGUUUUUCAGGAGAUUUAAUAUCUGGCACAACCUAUACUGAACAAUAUAAUUAUCGUGUACUGAUGGAUAUUAUACUUUAUGCAGAAACAAAUGUUACAUUGGUUAUGCGUCGUAUGGGACAUUUAUAUGAUAAUUUAUAUGAUUUAUUUAAUCAAAAUUUUGCAAUAUCAGGAAAGAAACAAUACUGUCGAAUUGCACUCGGAGCUUUAUAUCAUCCGCGUUGUCUUGUUCAUGAUGAUUUCUAUUGUGUUGUAUUCGUACGAAAAGAAGAUUUAGCGAAAUGUGAUCCGCCGUUUCUUAAUCGCUUUGAAAAACAUGUGAUCGACAUGAAAUCAUUGAUUCAUCAUCGUCAUUGGGUAAUUACAGAUAAUUUACUAGCGGAACUUAUUGCUUUACUUCCAACAAAUAUUAAUAAAUAUUUUCCACUUUUACAACAUUUAUUUGUCGAUUAUAGUAAUGAUUAUAUAUGUAAUUUAGUGAUUGAUGCAUUCGAUAAUUUAAAUCUAUCCUGCGAUGAUGAAAAUAAUACAAUUGAAAUUAUUAAUUAUUGUAAAAAUAAAUUAAUUGCAACGAGUUCAUUUGAUUUACUCUUAAUACUUUCAUUACAAGCGGAUCAACACCACCCUCUCAUAGAUCAAUAUUAUGAUUUACAUACAAAUUUAUCAUUUCAAUCGAUUAUUAAAGAAAUGUUGAAUGAAAAACUUUUACCCAAUCAAAUUAUUUAUACAUAUACACAAAUCUAUCAUAUUAUCGAUUAUAAAUCAAAUGAAAUUGAAGAAGUUAAGUUGAGUAUAUUUAAAAGUGAACUCGAAUUAACCAAUAAAAUAAAGCAACAUUAUCAAAAGAAAGAUCAUUGUCGUCUAUUAAUUAUUCGUGUUGAUUAUCAUCAAGAACAUGAACAUAUUUUAUUAUUAAAACACAUUUUACUUAAUUCAAAAAGUCAACCGACUGAUCGAAGUGUUUGGUUAGUAUUUCAUCUUCAACGUAAUUUACUCAAUCAAACAACCAACGAAGUUUUAUUCAAUGGUUGGUCAACUAUAAUGAUCAAUGAUUUAAAUGAACAUAAAAUAAUUCCGAAAAACAUUUUACUCAAUCCAUCAUAUCUGGAUUUAGUUUCUCAUCCUUGUUUUCAGUUAUCGGAAUCGAUGUAUGAUGAAAUAAUUGACCGAUGUUUAACAAAAUUUCGUUAUACAGUUUCUCGUAACGAUCUAACAACACAGAUAAAUAUUCGAAGAAAUCAAAUUAUUGAAUAUCUCAGCAUUACUAUACAAUCGAAAUCAUUACGUUCGAUUAUUCAAGAAAAUUUGUCAAAAUUAGUAAAAGACAUCAGUUUAAAUCGAUUUUCGGAUUGGCGUCGCGAUCUAUUAACUAAUGGAAUAUUGAUUGGUACUUGCCGUUCAUUUAAUGAUGCAUUGCAAUCAACGAUUUCAACCUUUUAUGAAAGUUAUCUUUUACUAAUAUUUUCUCAUUUAGAAAAGUAUUCAUUUAUCGAUUCAUUAUUAUUUAUCAGUAAGAAUAACGACAAUCGUUUAUUAAACAAAAUUUGGCUUGAUUGUUUAACAUCAACAAUAAAAAAUAUUGAUGUAACAGUUAUCAAUGUUGAUAUUAUUGAAAUGCCACUAAUUUUCAACUUGUAUUUACCAUCUGCAAUUAAAGAAUACGAAAUAAUUGGUUCAAUUCGUCGAGGAAUAAGUCAACGUCUUGAUGAUAAUAUUAUUGAAGAAGAUUUAAUGAAUCUUGCUCUCAAACAACUACGUACAAAGAGUGUCUACGAAUCCAAUGUUGAAAUUAUUUUUCAUGACAAUGAUUUAUUUCGAUAUUAUUUUAAUGAUCAAUUAUUACUUGCACAAGAAGAAGCAAAAAUCUAUCAAUUAUCUUUGCAAUUUAUUAAAUGUUUACUUAUGUCGAAUCCAACAAGAUCUAUUAAUGAUCAAUUAAAAUAUUUGCUUAUUGAUUAUAAUGAAUUAUUUGAAAUUUUACGAUUAUUCGAAAUUAGUACAAAAUUAAUUGAUGAAAAUGAUUUUAUCAAUGAAAUACUCAAUCGACAAUUGAUUAUCUUAAAUGAAAUCGAUACAGAAACCAUAAAAAAUCAAACUCUUUUCUAUAAUCUUGUUUUAACUAAUGAACAUUUUUGUGUCAUUCCGCCAAAAUCAGAAGUAUCUCAUGAAAUUAUAUUUGAAUGUGAAGGUGAUCCAUUUAUUGAAGUUAGCCUAAUGAACUUGAUUGAAUUUCUCGUUUCUCCAACUAUUAUCAAUCGCGUUAACAAUAUCGAACAAUUAACAACAACAUACAGUCUUGUUGCCCAAGUUAUACUCGGCUUAAAACAUUAUUCAGUAAACAAUCUGGAAAAAUUACGUUCAUUUAUUAGUCUUAUUCGUUGCAUAACAACUUUAAUACCUACUGAUAAAGCCUUAGAUGUCUUCAAGCAAGCAUGUGGCUACGGUGGGUUUGAUGCAACAUUUAUCACAUGUGAUGACAUACAAAAAUUUAUCGAUCAUCUACAACGAAUAAUUAGUACAAAUGAGCCAAAUAUAAACGAACUGGUGGUUCAACGAGCAUUACUUAAACUUGAAAGUGAAUUUUUAAAAAAUUGGCUUGUCGAUCAUACGGAUAAUUAUUUAGAUAUUAUUACGUUAAUGAAUAAAUCCGAUAGUAAUCUCUGGCAAUAUUCGGCAAAAAUUUUUACCUAUAUCGAUCUCAAACUUCAAUUGUUAUCAAUGAUUAAAGACUUCAAUGGGAAAUUACCAUCGAAUGAGGAUCAUGAACGAUUUAAUGAGGAUAUGCAGGAAUUAAUGGAUAGAUAUCAAAGAUUUGAUGUACAUAUACAGAAAUUAAAUGAUGCCUCAAGAAAGAUUGAACAUAUUAUGACUACACGUAUUCAUAUGCAUCUUAUAUUGAGUGUCGACGAUAAAGAAACAAUAGAAAAUAUUCUUCAAGAAAAUUUUCGUCAAUUUGAAGAAAAUAUUCGAAUAAUAAAAACUACACAAAAUCAUUAUGGUUUAUCAUUAAUUAGUUUAAUCUCUUGGUUAAAACAUUAUGCACAACUUUAUGCUUUUGUUUUUAAUAAUGGUAGUCAUCAUUCUAUUUUAGACGAUAUCGAUAGACUACUUACACGAGAUGAUUCUCCAUUUUGCUCAACAAUAAAAUUAUUUAUUAUUAAACAAUUGUGUCAAAUGUCAAAUAUUACACUCAAUCAAUUCCGUGAUAUUAUUGUUAAUCGAAAUAUAACUUGGAUGCGACCAGUAAUCGCUCAAGCAACUGGUCAAAAAACCAAAGAAAUCCGUGGUGUUCUUACUUUACCAACACCUCUAGGUGAAUAUUAUGAUGAAUUUCUUCGAGUCGAUCGUAUUCUAACCAAUAAUACGAACACAAAUGAAAUUCGACAAUUGAUUAUUCAAUGUCAAACAAAACAAGAUACAUCCUAUUGCUUUAUUAUAUGGUUUAUUCAUUAUUAUACCGGCUUUUAUAUAAAUGAUGAGGUAUCAUCAAAUAAUUAUUAUCAGCAAUUAAUUGAAAAAUCUCUUAGUAAAGAAAUAAUUGAUUGCUUCGAUUUGAUUGGUUACAAAUUACUUGUUUUUCUAUGCAAGAAUUUUAAUAAUACAACUUAUUUUUGUUUAAAUUCGAAAAUGACAGUCGAUGAACUUUAUCAACGUGUAGUCGCAUUAAAUAUUAUCGCUCUAUUAUUAUCAUUCAAAGCUCUAGGCUAUAAUUCUUAUUUAAGUAGUCUUCUAUUCGAUGGAAAUCUUAAAAUGCCACACGACUACAGAACUCAUUUUGAAUCAUCAGUUUGUUUGCCUGGUCUUCUAUCGAGUGAUCCAAUAAUUACACAAAUGGUGGAUGUACGUACAACGGUUAAAGAACGUUUAGAUCGAGGUCAAAUUCAUGAGCCAGGCAAAUUUGUUUAUCAAUGUUCAAGAGAUUGUUUUUGGAUGUUUUAUUUUCAUAAUUGUGGAAUACCUGUUGAUCGAAGUAAAUGCCCAUUGUGCGGAAAGGAUAUUGGUGCAGCACAAUAUGGCGUUCUUGUUGAACGUGAUCCACCACAAAUUCGAAUGACUAUUGAAGAAGGAUUUGAAUUUAUUAAUAAUUAUAUGGAAACAUUUAAUAGAAAACCACGAUAUGGUUAUCACAAUAGAUCGCCAGCUGUACAAAGUAAUAGAUAUGAAAAAUCUGAUCAUUUAAAUCGCCCGAUUUCUUAUCGAUUUAUGCAUACGAUAAUGCAUGUGACUUUAUUAUUUCUCAAUGAAUUAUCUCUAUUAACGGAUCUUGUUGUCGAUAAUCCAUCACAUUUUAGAGAACAUUUCGAAAAAGAUUAUCAACUUCUUAGUCAACAAAUAACCGAAAGUGAACAAUGUUACAUAUGGUUAUAUCAAUUAACGAAUCACAUGGUUAAUAAAGAUUUGAUUCUGAAAGGCUUUAUGAAUACAAAUGAAAAAGUUAUAGAACUAGAAAAACUUCUCGAAGAAAAGCUUAUUUUUAAUCAUAUCGAAUCAACUGCAAAUGAAAUCAAACAAUACAAAAUAUCCUAUUCUGAUUAUAUUCGAAAACAGAAUCAAGAAGAAACAAUCGACGAUUUUAUUGAUGAAAUUUCUCAAAAUGAACAUAAAUAUCCGUUAUUAACUUUUUUCAACGUAACAAAUAUUUACACAUCAAAUCCAAUAGAUGAUUUUCAUAUUCGGCUUCAAACAAUACCAUACGGAGAUCAGAUCUAUCCAAUAACAACAUUUCUAAUGAAACGUCUUCAUCAGUAUGCUAAUAUUCAAUAUAUUUAUCCGAUUGUUACGUUUACUAAUUAUUUAAUUGAAAAAUUUAACCAUCGUAUUAAACGUAACGAUGCAUCGGAAACAUCAAUCUCGUAUUAUUUAACUCACGGGUCCGAUUGUGAAACGACAUCUCGAUUGUACAAAGAUUUUAUUGAUGCUUGGCACGAACUUACGUUGAAAGAAGUACGUUUUGGUUGUCAAUCAGUUAAUUUUAAAAUAGAAUCAUCGAAGGAAGAUUUUGCGACAAAUACAAAACUUGCUAUGGUAUUAUUAAAUACAACGAAAGAUGAAAGUAGUAUUUUAUUGGCUGCAUGUUUACGAACCAUAGGUGAAUUACAAAAUGAAAUCGUUAAUUUUUUUCAUAAUAAAAUAAUCAACGAUAAUGAUAAUCAACGCUAUCGCCGAAAUGCAAUACCAAUUCAAUCGAUACGACCUGAACAUACACUUCGUCUUGAUGCAAAUGUUAUUAGUACGAAAUUAAUCACCGAUGGUUUUACUCUUAAUUAUAAAUAUGGAAAAAGUAAAGAUAUUAUUUAUGAUUAUGAAGAAAUAGAAAUAACAUUAAGAAAUAUGAUUAGUUGUUUACCAUUGAUUGAUACAGAAAAAUUACGUUUUCUUAAUUAUCAAUUUGAACUUUACAGUGAAAAUACAUCGUUGAUCAAUGAUGUUCGAAAACGUAUUAGACAAGAAUCGUUAACACAAAAUGAGAAAAUUAAAUUAAAGAAUCUAAUUAAUAGUAUGCAAAAUGAUGACGUUCUUCAUUAUCUUGGUUCACUUGACUAUGUAUUUACUUAUCUACGUAAUAUUGAUGAUGAAACAACGAAUAAUAUGUUAACAAUUCAAUCCUUUGUCGAAAAAUAUGUACGCUCAAGUGUUUGUCUCAACGACAAUGUUCUUCAACGUCCACCAUUUGCAACAAUUAAUCUUAAAUAUAUUAUUGAUCUCUAUGAAUUAAUAGAAGAAAUUGCAUUCGAUCAAGUUUUACGUCAUUAUAUAAAGCAAAAUCUAACUGAAGAAUUUUUCAAAUCCGAAGAACGACUCAAUAUAAUUAAACAAUUCAGUGAUUUCACAUUUAGAAAAGAAACUAUUGCAUCUUCGCUGCAAAAUAUUCAUUCAUGGAUUGGUAUACUUAAACGCUUGAUGGUACGUGUUCUAUCCAAUGUGAGCGUUAGUCUUGAUGUACCAAUACAAAUUUAUCUUGAACGAACUGAUUUAUGGACUGGAAAUAUCACCGAAGGCGAUAUACAAACAAUUGAUGUUAACGAUGAAAUACUCUUACAACAUACUUAUAUAAUUUUAAAAGGAUUAGAAAACGAACGCGAUAAACUACUAUUAGAAACUACUAAAUCAACAGAUGUGGAAGAAAAAGUAUCAGCACAAAACAAUGUACUACAAAAUACCGAUACACAAUUAUCAAAAGUAAAAGCUUGGCGUAACGAUAGUAUUGCUAGUACUAGUGGUAGUAUAACGUCAAGAGUGAUCAAAAGUGAUAAGAGUACGGCUAAAAAAAUGCGCGUGUGA